AUGGCUAAUUUGAUAAAAAAGUUGAUAAAAGUCCAACCUGUAUCUGCUCUGUCGGAUAACUACAUGUAUAUUGUUUGGAAAGAUGGUGGCAACAAAGCUUUGGCAAUCGACCCUGUUGAACCUGAAAAAAUCAAGAAAGUAGCUCAGGAGUUACAGUUGAAUAUAGUUGGGAGUUUGGUAACUCAUCAUCAUUGGGAUCAUGCUGGGGGUAUGAGAAAGUUUCGUGAAAUAUGGUCGAACCAAGCUGAAGCUCCUAUAUAUGGCGGCGAUGAUCGCAUAGACGAGUUGAAUCAUUUGGUCGAGCAUAAUGAAGAAAUCACAAUCGGGGAUGAACUUAAGAUUCGUUGUCUGUCAACGCCUUGUCAUACACGCGGCCAUAUUUGUUAUUUCAUAACUACAGAAGGAAACGACGUACCUGUCGUUCUAACAGGAGAUACACUAUUCAUAGCAGGCUGUGGACGGUUCUUCGAAGGAAAUGCCGCAGAAAUGAAUGAAAACUUGAAUGUUAAACUAGCUUCACUACCGGAUGUGACGGAAGUGUUUCCUGGUCAUGAAUACACUGCGAGCAACUUAAAGUUUGCCCACCACGUCGAGAACACCAAUAAGACUGUGGAAGAAAAAUUGGAAUGGGCGAAAAACACUACAUGCACUGUGCCAUCAACCAUUGGAGAAGAGAAACUCAUCAACCCUUUCAUGAGAUUACAUUCAGCUCAAAUUCAAGCCUUGGCUAAAACACAGAACUAUAUUGAAGUUAUGCAUUAUUUGAGAGAAGCGAAGAACAGUUUCAAAUAA